UGUAUUCUCUCUUUAGUCAAAACCCUCGACCCCAACUUCAGUCCUCCUCUUCGCCCCCGCCGAUCAUCUUCUCCACAAUCACCUACUAAAACCUCAAACCUACCCCCAAUAACACAUCAUAACCACUCUGUUCUAACAAAAACAUGAAGAAAGCAGACAGAAACGGUGACAAUUCGUCUUCUAGACCGAAGAAAACGACCUUUGGCCCGCAACUCGACGUUGCGUCAAGCGUAUUGGGUGCUAUAGUUGAAAAAAGUUUCAAUCAGCCGGUUUCACAGCCUCAGGUCACUGUUGUUCCGUUUCCGGUUGCUCGACACCGCUCUCACGGACCCCAUUGGGCUCCGAGAAAUAGUGGUUUGAGCACCCGUGAUAAAGAUGAUGAAGAAGAUGAUGGAGAAGAUGAGGAUUUUACGAACUUUGUUUCGGUUGCAGCUGAGGCUAAGCCUAUAAAAAGGAAACAGAAAAAAGGUUUGGAUUUUAGGCGGUCGAAAGAGCUUGCGGAUGAUGAUGACAGUGUUGGUUUUCAAAACAAGAAAGAACACAAAUCUGGUGGUAAUGCAAAAUCGCGUGAUAUCGAAAAAGGAUCGAAGAACAUGAAAUUGGAAGUAGUGAAGAGCCAUGAGGAUAAAAUAGGGGAUGUUGGUGUUGAUGAUGUUCAAAGUGAUUUUGGCAAUGGUGUACCGUCAACCAUCAAGUCGAAGAACAUAACUUCCAAGCCUGUUCAUGUGGCUGCAGGUAUUGAACAGGCUUCUACAAGUGUUGAGAGUGAGAUUGAUGCUGAGAAUCGUGCUCGGUUGGAAAAUAUGUCGACUGAUGAGAUUGCAGAGGCUCAGGCUGAGAUAAUGAAGAAGAUGAGUCCUGAAUUAAUAAAGAUAUUACAAAAAAGGGGGCAAAAUAAAUUGAAAAAGAAAAGUUUUAUCAGCUCUGCUGCUAUUGGCUCCAUGGCUGAAGCAUUUAAUGAAGAUAAUAAGAAAGAAUCAACGACUGAUAAUGCUCAUAGCAUGAUAAUAACAAGCCCGGAUCAAAUACAGAAAGGGUUAGAGAAUAAAGACGUGCCAGAAAUUAAGUCACCUGCUACCAGUUUGUGGGAUGCGUGGAGCACAAAUGUUGAGUCUGUUAGGGAUUUACGAUUUUCUUUAAAUGGAGAUGUUAUAAAUGAUUAUGGUCACGUGCCGGGUAAUUCAUCAGCCGUGGGUAGUUAUAGUGUUGAAAAUGCUUCUGAACGUGACUUCCUUCGAACUGAGGGUGACCCUGGUGCUCUCGGUUACACCAUCAAAGAAGCACUUGCUCUCACUAGAAGUGUGGUUCCUGGACAAAGGUCUCUUGCUUUGCAUAUUCUGUCAUCUGUUCUCCAUAAAGCACAAGAUAAUAUUAUCAAAAACCCGGCAGGGUCAACGUUGAAAGUUGGUAAUCAUAACAAAAUUGUUGACUGGGAGGCUCUUUGGGCUUUUGCAUUAGGCCCAGAACCUGAACUUGCUUUAUCACUCAGGAUGUGUCUUGAUGAUAACCAUAAUUCUGUGGUUCUCGCUUGUGUAAGAGUCAUUCAGUGUGUCCUGAGCUAUGACUUCAACGAACGGUUAUUUGAUAUCUCUGAGAAAACAGGAAUCUUUGAGAAGACAGUCUGUACAGCUCCCAUAUUUAGAAGUCGACCAAACAUUGAUGUUGGUUUUCUUCAUGGUGGCUUUUGGAAAUACAACACUAAACCCUUGAAUAUAUUUCCUUUUGAUAAGAUUAUCAAAGAUGAAGAUGCUGAAGAUGAACAACACACAAUAAAAGAUGACAUGGUGGUUGCAACACAAGAUAUUGCAGCAGGCUUAGUUAGAAUGGGAAUCCUUCCAAGAAUUCGUUAUCUGUUGGAGUCUGAUCCAUCGGCAGCUUUGGAAGAACGUCUAAUUUCAAUUCUGGUUGCAAUAGCAAGACAUUCCCCUACAUGUGCAGAUGCAAUCAUGAAGUGUGAGAGGCUAGUUCAAGUUGUCGUCCGUAGGUUCACUACGAAAGACCAAACCGGAGUUGACUUUUCAAAGAUCAAAACUGUUAUCUUAAUGAAGGUACUGGCUCAAUCAGAUAGAAAAAGAUGUACACAGUUUGUAAACGAUGGGGUUUUCCAGAAGCUGAUGUGGCAUUUGUACCGUUGUGCAUUUUCUCUUAAUCACUGGAUGAAUCUUGAAACAGAAAAGUUCAAACUUUUAUCAGCUUUACUGGUCGAACAGUUACGGUUUUGGAAGGUCUGCAUUCAAUACGGGUAUUGCGUAUCUUACUUUUCAGACCUGUUCCCAGCUCUUUGCGUCAUGUUAGACAUUCCCACAUUUGAAAAAUUAAUCGAAAAUAAUAUAAUUCAAGAAUUCACUGCCAUCACUAAGGAAUCAUAUCUGGUCCUCGAGGCUUUGACCAGAACACUCCCAAAUUUUUACGCUUACUCACAGAAGGUUGAUCGGUCAACAGACGAUCCCAUGAAUGACACAGAGACUUGGCGUUGGACACAUGUUGGCCCCAUGAUAGAUCUAGCACUUAAGUGGGUAUCAUUGGAAACCGAUCCUUAUUUAUCUAGCUUAUUGUUGUUGUCCGGACGAGAAAAAAACGAAGGAUUGACUUUGACUUCCGUUUUAUGGGUAAUAUCCACAGUUUUGCGCUUUCUUUCUGGUGUUCUCAAAAGUGUGAUUCCAGAUGAUAACUCUAUUUUAAGUGGGAAUCUUCCAUGGCUACCUGAUAUUAUCCCAAAGAUUGGAUUACACAUAAUCAAGAAUCGGAUUUUGAGCUUUAACAGAAGUGAUAAUGAUAAUAAUCAUGCUGGCUCAUUUCUUGAGUCUCUGUGUCAAUAUAGACAUCAUAGUGAUCAAGAAACAUCAUUAGCCUCUGUCUGUUGCCUUAACGGGUUGUUAGAGACUGUUAUUACUGUUGAUAAACUGAUUAAGCUAGCCAAAACUGAGGCCGCCAGUUCAUCGAUCGACCACCAGAGUUUGGAAAACGCUGAUAAGAUUCUUACUGAUGGCAUACUCAAGUGUUCUAUAUCUGAAAUGACAAUGUUACUGACAACUUUCAUGAAGUUGACUUCUUCUUCAGGUCAACUCGUGCAAUCUAUUGAGAUGUUUGGUAGAGGUGGUCCCGCACCAGGUGUCGGUGUUGGAUGGGGGGCUGCUGGUGGUGGAUUUUGUUCGUUAAACGUUUUGGUGGCCCAAAUGGAUGCAAGAUUGGUUCUUCAGUUGCUUGAGAUCUUUCUGGUUGAGCCCGAUAAAGAAAAAGAAAACCCCACUGAUGAAGAAAUAAACGUGACAAUGGAAAGAUUAAAUUGUGCUUUUGGGUUAUGUUUACUUGUGGGUCCCAUGGAUGGAUUUUUAAUGGAAAAAGUGCUAGAUAUCUUGUUACAACCACAAAAUCUCAUGUAUCUUGAUUUUGGAAUUCGUCGGUCUUUUACAUGUGUGUGGCGGUAUACAGAAGCAGAGUACGUAAACUUUAGUGAGAAUCUAAUUUCUCAUUUUAAGAACAGAUGGUUGCAUGUAAAGAUGUCGAAAUCAAAAGUCAAAACUAUAGAUGGUCAACAUGGAACCUCAAAAAAGAGCAAGUUUUCUCUCAAUACCAUUCAAGAAGACGUUGACACAUCGGCAAACACUUCUUUGGUAACAGAAUGGGCUCAUCAAAGGCUACCACUUCCUAAUCAUUGGUUUCUCAGUCCAAUCUCAACCGUUGACUAUACCAAAUUGGUCAACCUUCCGGUCAAACCUAACUUCCUGGAAAUUCCCAAAAGUGGGCUUUUCUUUAUUUUAGGUCUUGAAGCAAUAUCCAGUCACGUUUCUUCUAAUUCCUACUCAAUUCAGCGCGUGCCGGUCAUUUGGAAACUGCAUGCUUUAUCUGUAAGCUUAUUUCCUGGGAUGGAUAUUCUUCAAGACGAGAAGACUAGAGAUAUUUACAGUAAUUUACAGGAGUUUUAUGGGAAGAUUCUUGAUAAAAAUCUGUUGGAAGUUGGAUGGAAUAAUAGUGUUGACUUUUUGAAGUUUGACAAGGAGAUACACGACAGUUACUCCACAUUUGUAGAAACUUUAGUGGAGAAUUUUGCUGGUGCAUCGUAUGGCGAUUUGUUAUUUGGUAGGCAAAUUUCGAUGUAUUUGCAUCGUUGCGUUGGAGCUCCAGUUCGACUUGCUGUUUGGAAUGCGUUAUCAAAUAUUAGGGCUCUUGAGCUUUUGCCACCGCUGGAAAAAUGCUUAGCUCGAGCGGAAGGAUAUCUUGAACCUCUGGAAGAUGAUGAAAUGAUUCUGGAAGCAUAUGUAAAAUCAUGGGUUUCUGGUUCUCUCGACAGAUCGCCAACUAGAAAGUCAGUUGCAUUCACAUUGGUCAUCCACCAUUUAUCGUAUUUCAUAUUUGGUAAUCAUUCUGGCGACAAAAAUUCAUUACGAAAUAAAUUGGCCAAAUCAAUCCUUCGUGAUUACUCCCGAAAAGCAGACCAUGAGGCGAUGAUGGUGAAACUUAUACAAUAUGAGAAGCCAGCAAGUUAUCAGAAACUUGACCAAGCAGAAGACGGGUCACUACAGGAUUCGGAAAUUGCAAGGAGGCUUAUAGUAUUGAGUGAAGCCUGUGAAGGGAAUUCCACACUUUUGAGUGUAGUUGAAAAGCUCAAGAAGGUUAUCCUGAAAGAAAAAUAGUUUUGUCAAUGAAUUAUUGCAUGUAGAUUUAGUUAUGGAACUUGCUAAAGAUGAUGUUGAAACUGGGAAAUGUUUGGAUGUUUAAGGUUCAAAUGAUUUCUGGAAAUUUUACAAGAAUACUAGAACCAUGGAUUCUUGAUCA